AUGUCAUUGAUAAGGCUAACACCUUACCAUUUUGGAAAAGGACUAGGGUCAGGGAUAGUCGAGGAGAUUGCUGAAGAAUCAAAGGUGCCUUCGAUAAAGAUGGGAUGGGCGCUAAAACGUGUUUCCACAAGUCGACACCGUUUCAAUGAGAAGCAAAAAAAGUACCUCAUCGACAUAUUUCUUCUUGGCGAGCAGACAGGGCAAAAAGCAGAUGCUAGUGAUGUCUCAAAAUCGAUGAGAAAAGCGCGCAAUGCAGAUGGUUCUCUUCUUUUCCUGUCUAAUGAAUACCUGACAUCACAGCAGAUUACCAGCUUCUUUUCCCGUACAGCCGCCAAGAAAUCGAUUCAAGUUACAUCAGCUUCGAAUCUUGACCUCGACGAUGACCUUGAUGACUUGGUCUCCGCCAUGGCAGAGAAAGAGCUUCAGCAAAUGCGUGAAGAAAUAUUGAAUGAUAUUUCUAUCCAACACCCAAUCACAUACGAAUCCUAUAACAUAUGCGAAAUGGCCACCGCGUCCAAGCUUUCAAAGUUUUCUAUAGCAAUGUUACAGGAAAUCUGCAAGCACUACGAACUUGACACUUCAAGUAUAAAGCAGAAAAGGAAGCAGCCAUACAUAGACUUGCUGGACGAAUUGGUAGAGUCGUGCACAUGUUAA